AUGCUGGAGACCCACAAGAAUAGCAAUCUCCAUAGGAUGACCCUAAUCAAAAAGGAGGGCAAUGUGCUAUUGAGAGUCAUAGUAGAGAACAAAACAGAAGAAGCUUAGAAGGUGAGAGUAAGAAUCAGCCACGAUGGCGAAUCAGAUGAUUAAAAAGUCAACCUUUAAAUGCCAGACUCUGAAGUUUGUGAUCCAUUAAUCUUCUCUAAAGAUAAGAAGUGCUUGUUCCACAUCCAGAAGAUCAACCCACAGAAGCCAUUCUCUAAGAUCAGAGUUGAAGUUACAGCUGCACCCAAAUCUUACUUGAACAAACAACUUGGUGGUGCUUAAGGAAGCAGUGAUCUCUUUAUUGGAUCAGGAACUGGUACUUAGUACAACAUAAACAUUAUUGACACAGUGAAUGUAGGCUAUGGUAUGAUUGGUGGUCCAUAGGAUAACGUUGGCUAUGAUGGAGACUAUGUUCAGCAGGACUACUUCAAAAUGUGA